UUUUUUUUUCAGAAUCUUUGUCAAUAGAAGCUUGCAUUUAGAAAAUAUUAAGUUCUAUGGAUUUGACAUGGAUUAUACGCUUGCCGAGUACAAGUCUCCCCAGUAUGAAACUCUUGGCUUUAAUCUGGUUAAGGAGAGAUUAGUGGAAUUGGGUUAUCCACAAGAAAUACUUUGCUUUGAAUAUGACCCUUCAUUUCCUGUAAGAGGAUUGUGGUUCGAUACCCUUUAUGGAAAUCUAUUGAAAGUUGAUGCCUAUGGUAAUAUACUUGUCUGUGUUCAUGGAUUCCAAUUUUUAAAGAACUCUCAGAUAUAUGAGUUAUAUCCAAACAAAUUUCUUCAAUUGGAUGAAUCACGUGUAUAUAUUUUGAACACUUUGUUUAAUUUGCCUGAAACCCACCUGCUAGCCUGCUUAGUUGAUUUCUUCACUAAUUCAACACAGUACACAAGAGAUAAAACUGGCGUCACAUGUGGUGAUCUUUUUAUGUCAUUCAAAUCAAUCUUCCAAGAUGUAAGAAAUGCUGUAGAUUGGGUUCAUAUAAAAGGAGACCUGAAAUCACAGACAACCAAAAAUCUGGACCUAUAUGUAAAAAAAGAUGAGAGGUUACCAAUGUUCCUGACUAGGAUAAGGGACAGUGGUGCUAAAGUAUUCCUUCUCACUAAUUCAGACUACUGCUUCACUGAUAAAAUCAUGACCUACCUCUUCGAUUUCCCACAUGGUGCCAGGCCCGACGAACCUCACAGAAACUGGAAAACAUAUUUUGAUGUAAUUGUUGUUGAUGCUAGCAAGCCUCUGUUCUUCGGUGAAGGAACCUUAAUGAGACAAGUGAACACAACAACAGGGGCUCUUCGUAUUGGUUCGCAUACAGGACCUCUUCAAAAAGAACAAGUCUACUCAGGAGGAUCUUGUGAUGUCUUUACUAAACUGAUAGGUGCAAAAGGCAAGGAUGUUCUUUACGUAGGUGAUCACAUUUUUGGUGAUAUUCUUAAAUCAAAGAAAAUUCGAGGUUGGAGGACAUUCCUUAUCGUACCCGAAUUGGUCCAAGAACUCCACGUUUGGACUGAUAAAUGUCAGCUAUUCACUGAAUUGCAAGCACUCGAUGUUAUGUUAGGUGAAACAUACAAAAACCUUGACUCCAGUACAAAAGAGAAACCAGAUAUUUCUAACCUGAGAACUAGUAUCAGGGAAGUUACCCACAAAAUGGACCUCGCUUACGGUAUGAUGGGUUCACUCUUCCGAUCUGGUUCCAGGCAGACUUUUUUCUCUUCCCAGGUCGUUCGUUAUGCUGAUUUGUAUGCUGCCACAUUUCUAAAUCUUAUCUACUAUCCGUUCAGUUACAUGUUCCGAGCUCCUGCUAUGCUUAUGCCACACGAAUCUACAGUUGCUCAUGAACAGAGGUUCGUCAUGGAAAGUCCGAUGAUAUCCAGAUCAAGGACUUACAAUAUUUUGGAAGAUGAAAAGGCUAUUAAGGAAAAAGAAGCUAAAAAGGUGCUUAUUUUUUUCCAGCAGGAGCAGGACCGAGUUAGUAAUCAGGUACCUCACAUGAGGCCGGUCACUCCUCGCUCAUUAACUCACAAUCAUGAUGAAGACUAUAGCGAUGAAGAAAGCGACAAAAAUUCAGCUGAAGAGAAAGCAUAG